CACACACACACACACUCUCUCUCCCUCUCUCUCCUCGCCCCUCCGCUCGCGAACACCUCUCCUCCUUCCUCCCCCUGCUUCCACCCCUCUCGUGACCGACCCCCUCCCCCCUGUUCGCGACCACCCCUCCUGUAAUAUGCGGCGCUUUGCCUUUUUCGCGGCAGUGGCCACCUUCCUGGUGCUGCUUCUCUCACCCGCCCUCUCUCUUGCGGCGCAGGUGAAGCCUCGCCGCGGGCCGACCAUCACCGACUAUGCCUACUUCGACAUGCAGGUCGAUGGCCAGGACGCGGGCCGCAUCGUUUUCGGCCUCUAUGGCAAGACCACCCCCAAGACCUGUGAGAACUUCAUUGGCCUCGCCACUGGUCAGCCGGGCUUCGGGUAUGCCGGGUCCAAGAUCCAUCGCAUUGUCAACAACUUCAUCAUCCAGGGUGGCGACAUCACGGCUGGCAAUGGCACUGGCGGCAAGUCCAUCUUCGGUCGUCCUUUUGCCGAUGAGAACUUCAAGCUCGGUCACAAUGCCCCUGGCACUCUGUCCAUGGCCAACGCCGGGCCGGACACCAACAACUCGCAGUUCUUCAUCACCACCGCCGAGACCCCCUGGCUCGAUGGGCACCAUGUUGUCUUCGGCCGCGUUGUGGAGGGCAUGAAUGUGCUGUAUGCUCUGGAGAAGCUCCCGGUUCGGAUGGAUGUCCCCAUUGCCACGGUCACCAUCAAGGCCUCCGGUGUCCUGAGCCCCGAGGAGGCCAAGCCGCUGGCCGAGGCGUACGACCAGGCCCAGCGUGACGCCGGUGCCGCACGUGCCGCUCUCGAGGCUGCGUCCAAGUGAUGAUACACGUGACAACCCCGAUCGAUCGCGAGGGUUGCAGCUACGCGCUCGUGUUCGGGCGGGGGCCGGGGGAGCACCACCCCGCCCCUUUGCCCCCCUUCAUCGAUAAUACACCCAACAUAGAAGAGAA